GUUUAUCCGUACAACCAAUCAAAUCGCAUCGCCUUCACGGAGCUGCGACUUGUAAACACGUGUCGAUAACUUCGGUUCUUCUCACGGAAAAUAUAGCAGAUAAAGCCACGAAUUAACAAAAUGGCGAAAAGCUUGCGGAGUAAGUGGAAGAGAAAGAUGCGGGCAGAAAAGAGGAAGAAGAAUGCUCCCAAAGAGCUGGCCCGCCUAAAAAAAGCCCUCAGUUUUGGCAAGAAAGACGAGGAUGCCGUGAUGAGCGACAUUCAGGAGAUCGCCACCGUGGUCCCGGCCGAGAAUCUCAAGAAAGAGGCCGACGUCGUCGCUGCGGGAGCUGGAGAUGAUGGUGGUGCAAUGGACUUGGACAGUAAGCGAGACAAGAAGACACUCCUGAAUGAGCAUGGACAGUAUCCGGUGUGGAUGAACCAGCGGCAAGCCAAGAAGCUAAAAAGCAAGAGAAUGGCGCAGAAGAGCGGCAAAGGAAAGCCAAACAAGAAGAAGGGCAUUGCUUGGUGAAAUGGAACAAAAACCAAAGACACUAGUAGAGAUGGUCACAAUGUGGAUUGUAUACAAGUGCCGCAGGGGCUCGCUUUAUUGGUUCGACAGGAAUGGACACUUAUGUUUUUUUUUUUUUUCAUGUAGAAUUCACCUCAAAAGCUGUAAAGUUGAUACCCCCCCCCCCCCUUUAAAAAAAUGAAAACAUCUGAAUUGCAAA